GGUGCUGCAGGGGUGCCUGGAGAACUGUGUUUUUGAUUAACGUCGUGUACGUUUAAUUUGUCUCGGCACGCAACAAGUGUGUACUGCUGCGUUGUUCGCUGUGUAAACUUUGUGUUAACGGUGUGGAAAUACGGUUCCGCGGUACAGCAUGAAUCCUUCCGAAUGGUUUAGUGAAGUGUCCAACGAACUUUGGCCGGGCCAAUGCUUCUCGGUGAAGGUAAAGAAGGUGCUUCAUGAGGAGCGGUCCAAAUAUCAGGAUAUCAAGAUCAUUCAGAGCGAAUCGCACGGUGUGGUGCUGAUUCUGGAUGGCAUCAUUCAGUGUACGGAACGGGAUGAGUUCGCUUAUCAGGAGAUGAUUUCUUUCCUGCCGCUCUGCUGUCAUCCAAACCCGCAGCGCGUGCUGAUCGUCGGCGGUGGUGAUGGAGGAGUCGCACGGGAAGUCGUAAAGCAUCCGUCCGUGCUGGAAGUGCACCAGGUGGAGAUCGACGAACGGGUGGUGGAACUGUCCAAACAAUAUCUGCCCUUCAUGGCAUGUGGAUUCGAAUCUCCCAAACUGCGGCUAACGAUUGGCGAUGGGUUUGAGUAUAUGAAGCAGCACGAAGGUGCCUUCGAUGUGAUCAUUACGGACAGCAGCGACCCGAUCGGGCCGGCCGAAUCACUGUUCCGCGAGUCGUACUUCGAGCUGGUAAAGCGUGCCCUUAAACCGGACGGUAUUAUCUGCUCGCAGGGUGGCAGCUUCUGGCUGGACGCUGGACAUGUGCGGGAAACGCUCGACUACUGCCGGAAACACUUCCCGCGCGUUACGUACGGGCUGGCGGCCGUUCCAUCGUACCCUACCGGUCAGAUCGGGUUCUUCAUUGCCAGCCUCAAUCCGGAAACGGAUUUCAGGGAACCGUCACGUAAGUUUGCGGACACAGAAAUCGAUCAGAUGGGACUGCGGUACUACACGACCGACGUACACCGGGCGGCCUUCACACUGCCAAGGUUUGCCGCAAAGGCCCUCAAUCCGUAGGCUUCCUUCUAUCUCUUUGUUGUAGCUCGUGCCUCUUAUAUUGGUAAUGUUUUACACGAUGCAAUUAAUGUAACUUUUUUUAAGGUGAAGAACAGAUCUAAAGUGAGAAUUUGCAUUUUAAGGAACGAGAGAUUAUGUCCAGUACCUCCCCAAUAGGGGAAAUGUUCCGCUUUGUUUCAAUAAAUGUUAAAUGGAUAUCAGUUUUUUAAUA